CCUGACGUCACCGUCCUGAUCCCGAAUAAUUGUGUUUUCUUCACAGCAGUAACUGGUUUCCACUAUCCCAACUGCUGCGACCCAGACAGGUCAUCAGCCUCUACGGGGUCGCACGAUUUGCAGCGAUGAUGCUUCGUUACUUCAUUCGACCUUUCGCGUGUCCACGCAUCAAGUUGGCGAGAGGAUUAAGUUUCUCCAAGGAGGUUCCUCUUAUUGUUGAGCCAGAGGGAUAUUCGCAUCUUCUUGGAUCUGUUGUGCCUCUUGAUGUUUCAUGGCAUAUGCCCAAUGCUAGCCGGGAUUCUCGGGCUGAGUUCAAGAAGCGCAGGAUUCCCCGUGCGAGAUUCAUGAGCUUGGAUGAGGUGGCCGGUGAACACCCGCUGAGUCUGCCGCAUAUGAUGCCUUCACCCAGCCUUUUCGCGACCACAUGCAAACGACUUGGUAUCUCCCCAGGCACGCACGUUGUGCUGUACGACACAAUUGGAGUAUUCUCUUCCCCAAGGGCCCUUUUUAUGUUCAAGGCAUUCGGCCAUAAGAAGGUCAGCAUUAUGAAUGGUGGGAUGCCUAACUGGGAGUAUGCAAGCCUCCCAGUUGAUGAGCGAGUCUUUGAACCAGUUGACUAUCCAGAGCCGGAAUUGAGUACCAACUGGCUGCGAAAUUACGAAGAUAUGAAAGUAAACGCGACAGCUGCACCAUCUGAAAGCAACAACCAUGAGCUGGUGCUUGAUGCUCGUGCAGCACCAAGAUUCCAUGGAACCGCACCUGAACCUCGGCCAGGGUUACCGUCUGGUCAUAUACCCUACUCAAUUUCAUUGCCUUUCGACAUUCUGCUCGAAACCGUAACCACAGGAAACGGUAGCCAAUUCACAAGACUACGAAACACAAAGGAGUUGUACGAGAUCAUUGCGAGAGCCAUCGGAUCCGAUGCUCCUCUUCAACCUGGUUCGAAAGUCAGAAUUGUUAAUACAUGCGGAUCUGGAAUGACUGCUGCCAUCAUUUGGCUGGCGCUUCAGCGACUGGGGGUGAAUUCUGCUCUAUAUGACGAAUCAUGGAUGGGUUAUGCAGCGAGACCGGAAAGCAUCAUUGCUACCACUACAUAA